AUGGAGGAGUCCGGCAGCGUCAAGGUGGAGAUAGUCGAGGAGCGCCGGCGACAUCGUCCUGCUGCUAGCGAUGGCAAGGCGGAAGGGAUGCGGCUGGAUUGCGUCGUGGUGACUUUGUACAACUCCGUAGGGCGCGCUACGGCAACUUUUCUAACUACGCUUGCUGCUUGCUGGUUUUUCCAUCAUCCAAUCCACAACAAAUCGAAUGAAACCGCUUCGGAUUUCUUUUGA